GUGAGUAGUGUAGGUGUAGGGCAGUCGGCAGGCGCGGUGCGGGCUAAUCGCACGUCGUUCGCUUUCGUCAGUGCGAGUGCGAGAGUGGGUAAACGCAGUUCUGAAGUCCCCGCGGGAGUCGAACUCGAACUCAAGUCUCGCAGCCACCGCCGUAACUCCGCCACUCGCCACCACUCAUCUUACUAACGGACAUUCUUGUAUAGAUUUCUGACGCGCAACAAAUUUACGUAGGUGGGCGAGAAGAACGCAGGGUUCGCGGGAAGAACGGCAGCGUGCCCGCGGCCUGGGCGCAGCCGGCGCGGCUGCACACAGAGCGAAAAACUACUUAUGAUAACGUUGAAAGCGGUGAAAAGAAAGCAAACAAUACGAUGAGGCCCCAAGCGGGCCGAGAGAAGAUCGUGGCGCCGCCCGGCUUGCUCCACCGCCGCUACUCCGCACCGGAAACUGUCAUGCGCAAGUAUCGCUUGGAGCAACUGAAAGCCCAGGAAUCGAACCGCACCCCCGAGAUGUGCACUUGCGCCCUGAGCGAUGCCGAGGCGGGGUCAGCGGGGACGGCGCGGCGCAACCGCGGAGUAGUACGGAGCUCUGCGCUGCUGCGUCGGCUGCGCGGCCGCGUCACCUGCACCUGUGCCUGUCGCUGCACGCCCGCCUGCCGUUCGCUAGACGCCUCCCGCUCGGAGCUACGCCCGACCUUUUCCGCUUCCGCCUCCGGGCGUACCUCACCUAAACGGCUACUGCGGGUGGAUUCGAGCACCACACUGUCCCCACUCGGCGUCUCGUCCGCCGCCGAAAGAGACGCGGCGAUUUCAUCAUUAACCGAUACGUACGUUGGAAUCGGUUCUGCUUCGGAGACGAGUUCUAAAAACGUAUCAGAAACUGGCCUCCGAGGUUCCGGAAUCAUGGGCGACGCAACGCCAACCGUCGGCACCGACGGCUGCGGAGAGUUGCACGACGGAAGCUCAUUCGCCAAUUCGAGCGACACGUUCACUGUUACCACGUGCACGACGAGAGACGCCGCGCGGAUGACGCCGAGCUCGGCCACUGCUAGAACUGAUGAUGGGCAGCAACGCGGCAAUGACCAUCCUAGGGAGAGCGCAGUGACGACGAGACCGCGAUCGUACGAUAUCCUAGAAAUCGUCGUGUCGGAAUCGUUGGACACUAAUUACACUUCAGGGUCUAACGUGUCCUUUUCUGACUCUGCACAAAAACGACAGGAAAAAAGAUCGCCAGAAAAAUACAAUUCAUAUAAAGACCUUUCAGGUGACGAUAUCGACGAGUACGUUUCUGGAAUAUUAGUAGAAAGCUUGAAUUCGUUAACCGACCAAUUGGAAUCUAUGAACGCAUCAUUCGGGGCCAAUGGAAAAUUGAAUAUUAUCGAAAAGGAGAUAAAAAUUAAAUUACAAAACACGGGGGUGAACACCAUCGUGCACUUGAGCCCCACUUCAAACAAUCAAAUAAUAUUUGGUCACGAGGAGCUGUGCAGCAGCGACGAGCGACGCGAGAGUUGCGACGGACAAGGCGCGCCCUCGCCGGCCCCGCGCGACCAACCCGCCGGCGCCAACCGCCCCGCGCGCCCCGCGCGCCCCGCCCUCCCGCACCACUCCAACAGCGCGGUAUUACAACAAAUACAAAGACUGUUUCAGGACGACUUUCAAGUCCUAGAACGCGAUGCGCUUUAUUCCAAUGAAAGUAUGUCGAGUAUUUCUCACAUAGAGAUAUCUAAGGCGAAUGUUUAUGUGGAAAACGAAUCUGCCUCAUAUUGCACAACGGCAGAAGCCAUCGAAAAGCCUGCGAGCUCCGUGACCUCGGAAGUGAUAAGCGGGGUUGGAGCGAGCAACUACUAUGAAAACAUCGCGGACAACGCACUUGUGGCUCGAUUUUCGGCUUUUCCUCACUCGGAGUCGAUGGAAGUAAACACUUCGUCCUCAGAGGAUCCCGAUAUGCACGGCUCCGAAUGUGCGAGUCUCGUGGACAGCUUAGACGAUCCCAAUUCACCGCGAUCGAUUGCGUUCAGCAAGUCCGCUAGCAGAAGAAGCGAGCUCGUGAGAUCCUCCAUCGACGUCUUAGAUCUGUUGCCCGAAAACGCAUGUCGAACAGAGAGCGCAGCAUCGAAAGACAAAGGGGAAGCCUUUUUUGUUACGAUAAAAGAUGACCAUUGUGAAUGUGACCGUGAAAGUAAAGAUAUCGUAGUGGCGGACCACAUGCCGGAAACUAUAAAGCAAAGAUUGUACAGGAGACACAGGAAUAGAGAACUCCGGCUGGAACGCGCGAGGCGCUGCAAGGCACAGCAGUUGCGUCGCGAGCUGGCCCACCAGCGCCACGGACACCUACGUAGCGCCAACAAGGAGGUAGAGCGAGAGGGCAUUUCCCUCGUUAAAUCUUUAAUCGAUGAUGCAAUAUUAAAAAUUAUUCAAGACGAGCUUAAAUGUAUGAGGAUAAAACAAAAGUCGGUCCUGAUGGUAUCAGCAAAGUCUGAUGAAUCCCUGUGUGCAAAGAACAGGAAGAAAGACGUCGACCUUAGUAGUCAUUGUAAAAAGUUAUCCAAAAAUAGUUCAUCGCAGUCGUGUUCGGAAGGUAUAGACAAAAAAUAUCGGAAAGAAAAAUUCCAGAUACGCGGCAAACUGUCUCUUCAGGCCUAUCCGUCGUCGCCGCGUGAUGAUAGCAAGUCAAAAAGAAUUUAUCAGAAAUCCGAAAUACACGAUGGUAAAAGGUGCAUUGAAAUCUUAGAGAUAUUAGAGUACGUCAGCAGUUCGGCGAGCUCCCCCGACACGAGCAACUCUGAUGAAAAUCACAGUGCAAAGAUCAAGAAGUCACGAAUCCCCGUCCCAGUAUCAGAUAGAGUAAGCUCCCAACAGAUUAACACUAGCAAGAGCUCGGCCGCUUCCUCUGACGCCACUUCCAUCAACAUCCCUUACAACAUGGAAAGUAUGAGCGUACAUUCACCGAGUGCAGCGCGCGAUGUGAUCGUGCGGGCUGACGCACAUGCUGACGGAGCCGCGGCCUCAGCCCGGCGGCGCUCCGCCACGCCCCACUGCGAACCACGAUCUCGAUCGAACUCUCUCCGUUUCAAACGUGUAUUCGAUAUGAUCCCAGAAGAAAAAAGCAUUGCGAGCGUGGAAUCGGUGAGUGAGGACCAUAUGCACUGUCGACGGGCAUCGUUACCGACCUUAAGCGACAACCCGUCUCAUGUUGAACAAGAAAGCUUUAAAAAAAAAGAAGGAGUCUUAAAAAUAAACUGCACAACUACCGGAAUUGUGGGUGUAAAUUCUAUAUCGGAUUCAACGACUGGGAAAGAGACGAGGAGCGCCGGUACUUCUCCGAUGCCCAAUAAAGUAGUACAUCGCAGUGUAUUGACGCAAACUCACGCUGUAGGGUCAUCGACCUCGCCUAACCGAUCUGCGGGUACGAGCCCUAUUAGAAACAUGUCCAUGUCUACGCAAACUCUGUCGCCUCGUCGAAAAAGUACUCCGAACCAAUAUCCGAAGAUUAAAAUCCAACAAGUUUCACAAAGUUUGCAGCGUCGGCGAGAGCAGUCGCGCGGGCCGUUCGCGCAGCAGCACCCGCAGCACCCGCAACCGCCACGGCCGCCAGGUGGAGGUAACGGACGUAGGGAGAAGACGGUUCGACAGGAGGAAGGUGUGCGGCUCCCACUUUGCGGCGCGGGGGCGGGGGCUGCAGGCGGUGCGGGCGGUACGGCGGACUGCUCCAGCUCCAGCUCGAGCGAGUCAGGCGGACUGCUGUGUGCGCUGGCGCCUGGCUGGCUGCACAGGGAUGUGACGAGGUCGGAGGUGUGUGCAGGGCAGUGGGCGGUGACCGUCGCGGGUUCGUGCCGCGCCACGCUACCCACGGACGUCGAGAUGCGUCUGCGCUUCCCGGACACCGCGCUGGCACCGCGGGCCUGCCCCCCGCGCGCUGCACAGCCGGCUCAUCCUCUUUGCCGAGCUGAGCGGUGCGUCGGUCGCAGGUCUACGCCGGCCCGCGUCGCGCUCGCACUCACAAAGGAAGCCUCAGAUUCUUCAAUUCUUGCCUCUAAGAGUGUGAAGAAAUCAGUGGACUCUCUUCCCGAGGUGGAGACCUUCCGCGCAUCCCGCACCAGCACCAAGCAUUCGGUCAAGACGCGGCGCUGCUCCCCGGCCUGCUGGCUACCCGACCGGCCGCAAGACGGCGCCCGCCCUUUGCCGAGAGUCAGUGAGGCGUUGUCGGUGCGGGGCGCCGCCAUCGUGCCGGCCCGCAAACCGCGCCCCCCACGCCCUCAGCGGCCACCGCGCCCCAUCAUCACCAGCGACCACCGCGACCUCUGCGGCCUCUGCGAUCGCCAAGCCCUAAACCACCGCACUACAUAAAAUGUCAAAUAAACAAUAAAAGUGUAAGAAUUAUUGGUUCUUUA